GAUAUUCAACGAAAGAAAAUCUGCUAAAGCAGUGCGAAAAUUCAAGCUCUAAGAGCCGUACCGUUAAAUAGCAAUUGUUCAAGCAUUUUCCGCAAACUCCACUUGAGGUGCUAAUUUCUACUCAUUGGCCGGAACCUGCGAACGAGCUCCCCAGUCCGACCCGGUCGCAUGCAUUAGCUAUGAUGCGCUUGCUGCGAUGUCUCGCACCAACAUUGGCUAUUCCUUCUGGCUGCCGCUGCUGCUGCUCGCUGGCUGCUGCUGCUGUCGCAGAGCAACUGGCACGCCCACAGCGCCCCCAAGCAGAGCUGGCGGGCAGGUCAUUGGCGCCACCUCCUUGGCGGCGACCCAAGCAGCUGUGUUUGCUGCCACCACCAGCAACAACAACAACAACAAUAAGAAGCGACACAACGACAUUCAGAGAAAUCAACUAGCUGAUUUAAUGCCAGCAAAUUUACUGUUAGAGGAUCUACAACAGUCUAACGGACAGCUAAUCAAUCUGACAAGGCAUCACGAUGGCGAUAUCUUCUAUACGAGCGGCUUGGGUCUUGGCGGCGCUUGCAACGCGGACACCUGCAUCGGCCUGUCCAGCGGCACGGCGGCUGUCGUUCGUCUGGGUGGCGACUCCAACGCUGGCGAUGCAGUGGGUCAAGCCUCCGCCUCGCUGGCCAGCUCGAGGCUUGAGCUGCUCACGCGCCGCGUGAAGCUGCAGCGCGGCAGUGCUCAGGCAGGAGGCGUGGCUGCGCAGAAGGAGGCGGGCGCCGAGGAGGAGGAGGGCUGCAGCUGCCGCUGCCUACCAUAUUUGCGGGCCUAUCGCGAGGAUUUGGGCAUCUGUGUGGAUGACAUACAUGAAUGCUCUCUCUCACCAUUUGUUAGCGGCUCAUCGUCGGAGAAAAUUCCAUUUGUGUUUUUGCCGCUGCGCGGCCAAAUCAUUUACCCCAGCAGAGAAAUCAGUUUUCCCAAUAUACACACGCCGGUCUGUGCGGUUACGGGCGCCCAGUACCUCAGCUCGAAUGGCUGGUCGGAUCUGCGUAACCCCAUUGACACGGACUAUCCAUUUCGCAUGUUCCGCGACGAGGGCCGCAGCUUUCUGCAGUGGCUGGGCGAGACGGAGCUGAGGCAGAAGAUGCAGGGCCGACUGAUCGUGGUGCACCUGGUGUGCCGCGACAUGACCGUGGCCUUAAACGCCAGCCAGAAAGAUCAUCUGAUGCCGCCCAAGAAUGUGCACUCGCCGUGCGUCGCCUUCCGGGUCAAUGGCAGCCCAGUCAAAUAUACGCACAAUGUGCCGGAGGUCUUCUUUCAGCCCGCCAACUCGACGACUCUGGCCUCCACCUCGGAUGGCAUGACCAUGCGAGAGUACGUGGUCAUUGGCAUCUGCAGCCUGCUGCUGGGUCUCAUCUACGUGGCGUCCGUGUUUCUCUAUCUGUACAUGAAGAAGCGCAAGAGUCGAGGGCGUCACAACUCCCGCCACUCGCUGGACAACCUGGCCAAUGAGAUCAACUAUCCGAAGAACGACCAAGUGACAUACGGAGCGCCCUUCAGUCGAGUGGGCAGCAUCUACUCGGCCAACAGCAUGGGCCUGGGCAGUGGCAAUGGCAACGAGGCGGGCACACGGGCCAGCAUGGCCAGCCUGAAGGAUGAUCUGGGCAUCGUGAAGAACAAUCCGCUGCUGCAGCACUUCCCACAGCUGGGCGAACGGGAGCACAACUCUGGCUUUGUCAGCGACAUCUCCAACUCGAACUCUGAGUGCGAGAUGGAGGAGAAGAUUAAGAGCUCGGUUUCGGUUCUGGUGCAUCCACAGCUGAACAAAUCGCCCAAGCCGGGCCACGCCUCUGGAGCGGAGAGCUCCUCCCACGAGUCAGACGACUUUCGGCAGGACAACGAGUGCCUGCCCACAGAGAAUGUGGCUGUCAUCGAGGAUCUGAUGAGUGAGGAGAAGCUAGAGAACCUUCGCGCCAUGGUCAACGGCAAUGUGCGCAAGAAGCUCUACUUCAAUCCAGCCUACUUUGAGCCACACUUGUUAGCGGAGCCCCCACAAGCUGCCAUUGAGUUUCUGCAAAAGAUUCGCGAGGUCAUUGCCAUUGCCAAGUAUAAGAUGGCUGCGAAGCGCUACCAGCCAUCGCUGAAUAUCAUACCCGAGGAGGCUAGCCUGGACUCCAACUCGACCAGGUACAAGGCGCCGCUGCUGCAGCAGCAGAAUUUGCAAGCCAAGAGCGUGGGGGACAAGCGCAACAGCAUCGAGCAGUGGCUGCAGAGCGUGCCCAACUCAGAGCCAACGCAGCAGCCGAAGAAGGGCAACGGGUCACCUACAAAGCCCACGCAGCGCAAGGAGAUCUCGGCGCCAAAGGAGCGUCCCCCUCCGCCGCCCAUGCCCAAGUCGCAGCAGGAGGCACAGUCCAUGCCAGAGCCGCAGUCCAGCUCAAGCAAAGAUCUGCGCUCCAACAAGUCCAGUCCUGAGCCCGUCAAGCCCAAGUCGCCGUCCUAUAACAGCUAUACGGCGUAUUCGGCAACCGUAUCCGCCAAUGUGUACAGCUUUGCCGAAACUGGCGGAGAGAUCUAUAAUAAUCCCAAGUUUAUGCUGGCCGAUUCGCCGGCUGGCUCCAUGCGCAGCGCUUCCAGCCAUUCCAAGUCGCUGCGCAAGCGCGGCGACGUCUUGGACCAAUUCGCCGCGGCCAAUUCGACGCCCACCUCGCUCAACUCCUUCGAUCGCCAGCAUUAUAAUAUGCUGCGUAACAUGAAGCCAGCGGAGCUGAUAUACGACUCGCUGAAGCGUGAGUAUGCGGCGCACAUUCCCACGCCGGACUACGACAGCACCAUGGAGAAGAAGAUCAAGGACAUCUACAGCAGCACCCAGAGCAGCAUUCCAUCCGUGCCCACGCCGGACUACAGCUCACUGAGUCGCAAAAGCCUGAAGCAAUUUCAGCCGGAUUCGCCGAUCUACAGACGCAAAUCGCCGCAGUAUCUGAUCGUGGACUACGAGACGGAUAGCCUGGAGCGUCUGGAGCCGAGCAAGCGCAAGAGCUCGCACUCCUCCAGCUCGCCCUCAUCCGAUGUCAGCUCACAGCUCAGCCCCAGCUUGAGCACCGCUCUACCGCUGGAGGAGGAGAUGGAGAUCAGCCACACGGUCUACGAUCGCGUCAACGGAUUUCGCAAGGAGGGCGAUCUAAAGAAGCGUCUAGCCGGCAAGCAUCAGCAUGGUCAGCAUCAUGGCCAGGCGCAGCGGCACAAGGAGGCGGCGGCCCGCAUCAAGUACGACACGCCCUUUCGUGGCAGCAUGACCAUCGAGGUAGAGCACGAGCCGCCUUCCGAUAUGGAGCGCACGGACAGCGACCAGUUCGAGCCGGACACACUCGAUCGCAAGCCCAAGAAGCAGAGCUUUUGCGACAUCAACGCUUGGGAUAAUCAUGGCCGGCAGAGCAGAGCCGAUCUCGAGGACUACAAUCAAAUCAACUCGUUGCCCGAUCUCAGUCGCCAGGUGGGCAGCUGCCCGGUGGAGAACAGCCAACUGAAUAAGCCACGAACGGCCUCCUUCAUACUGCGCUCCAGCAACUCUUUUCGGAAUCUGCGCGAGAUCUACGAGUCACCUCUGGCUGUGCAGGAGAACAUCAAGAGCGAGACGCAGCAGCAGAGCGAAGAGCAGGGUCGCAUCCUGGCGCUGGAGGCGAAGCACUCCAGGCGACAGCGCGGCUUGCAGUCCUCGCCCACCCUGUCCGUGGUGGACGUGAGCAAGGCCAGUGUGAAUAAGACCACUAUAACGAUAUCCUCGCCCAAGCUGCCAGAGAAACAGCAGCCGGCUAAGGCCGAGCCGAGCAAGGCCAAGCAGCACUACUGCGCCCCAUUGGUGCACAACAAGCGUCCGUUGCCGCCCCCACCACCCUCGCCUAACUACCAGGAGAGAGGAGGAGCUGCCGACGACGAUGCCUACAGUCUGCGCAGCGAGAUAACCGAGCUGACGGGCGUCUCGGAUACCCUCGAUAACUCCUGCAACAAUACCAUGUCCAGCGUCAUCUCGGCCAGGACAGAGCAGUCGAAGCCGUUGAAGGGAAAGUCCUCUGUGUUGGAGCAGAAGGCGCAGCUGGAUGCGGACUACGACGGCAUGGAAGGCAUCUACGGCAAGAAGAUGAAUAGCCUGCGCAAUGACUACAGCCUCAACAAGUAUCUCAAUCGACGGAAGCGUGAGAGCAAUAACGAAAUGGAUCAGGAAAAGGAAAAGGAAAAGGAGCAGGAGCUGGAGUUGAAGGACUCCUCAGAUCUUGACUCCAGYAGCAACAACAACAACAACAAUGUAAAGAACCUUAAGGAUGUGGAUCUCAAUCAAUUCGAUGCGCUGUCCAUCAGCUCGCGAUCGAACAGAAGCAGCAGCCACCUCUCGGAGCGCACCAAGGAGAUGUACAGGAAUGCUGGAGUGCCAGUGGGCAUUGCCUAUCCCCAAAGAGCGGCCAACAGUGUUGUCACCACCUCCACAACCAGCUCCAAUGUGAAUGUGCAGACCGUCUAUCGCUGCGAGAUUGAGCCGGCGCAAUUGACGGCGGGCAUGCAGAUUGCCAUUGGCCUGAAGGAUCGGGCCAAGAAGGCCAAGGAUCUGAAGAAUGCAUGGCGCAAAUUCGUGACCAUGGCAGCCAACAAGUUCAGCCCGAGCCAGAGUCCAGCUCCGACGUAUGGCACCAAGAAUGCAGCUGGAUUUUUGGAGGAUGAAGAUGGCAUCGUCUCCAUCAUUGAGGCAGCAGCGGCUCAGCCGGGCUCCCAGGCACAGCCGGUAGGGCAGAACUACUACGAGCAGCGUUUCGGACAGCUGGACAGUGGGUACAUGAGCACCGAUUCCACGGAGCUGUACAAACGCAACGUCUACGAUCGAUACAACUUCAAGCGACAGAUCAUACGGGUCGAUACCAUUGAGGACAAUGAGGAGGAGAGCGUGAACGGGAACAGGUUGGAGAUGGAUGCUUCACGCUUUGAGGAUCUGGAGCACAUGGUCUCGCCGGGCAACGAUCGAGUACCUCCAAAUACUGGCGAGGAACUGAGCGAUGCUGAAUCCGACAAGACUCUGACACGUUCACAAACUAAUGAUCGGAACAGCUCCAAUACGAUGUCCUCCUAUUCCUCGGAGGACGAGCAGCGAAGAGGGCACAGCACUUGUUGCGGAUCAUCCGACGAGGAGACGAAUGCGGAGGAUAUGUGGGAAUCAGGUGCGGAGAGCAUCGAGACCCACUCGGUGCUCUACAAGAUGAUACGAAAAAGUUAGUUUAUAAAAU